CUCUCUCUCUCUCUGCCAGGGUCCCCUCUCUGCUCUACUGUCCUUCAGUGCUCUCUGUCACAGCAGCCCCCCCCCGCCCCUGGCUGUGCGGCACACUCGCCUGCUUCUCAAGGCUCACACUACCGGCAAGAUAAAACACACAAAACCCUGCUGGGAUACUGCUGGUGGGAGAGGGGGAAGCAAUAAAGGCAGGGUAAUCCAGCAAACAGAAACAAGAAGACACAAUCAAAAUAAUUGGAUAACACUCUGCCUCGGCUCACAGGUGAAGCAGUCUUCAGCAUUUCGAAGAACCAGCGCUUGUCUGCAAUACAACAGUAAAGAGGUAACUAUGCGUUCUCGUAGUAACAGCAUGGAGAAUCCUGUGAAGAUGAAGCGAACCCAGAAUCGCGCUUGCUCCAGACGCAGGAACUCCGAAUGUGAGGACUCGGCCAGCAGUGAGACAGGGAGAGCCAAACGAACAGCCAGGGAGAAGGACCCCUCAGAGGACACUGGGACUGUCCUGAGGAACCACAAGAGAGGAGCUGGGCGGAGCCACAGGGCAGGGGGUGUGGCCACAGGGAAGGGCAGGGAGCUGUCCCGGGAUGACCUGCUCUUUCUGCUCAGCAUGCUGGAGGGGGAGCUCCAGGCUCGUGAUGAGGUCAUCACUGUCCUCAAAGCACAGAAGAUUGACUUGGCUCUGCUAGAAGCCCAGUACGGCUUUGUGACCCCACAGAAUGUCUUGCAGGCCCUCCAGAGAGAUGCCAUCCAGGGGAAGGCCACAGAGUGGCAGGAAGACAUUUAUGAGAAGCCUGUGGCUGAGUUAGACAAGGUGGUGGAGAAGCAGAAGGAGACACACCGGCGCAUGUUAGAGCAGCUGCUCCUUGUUGAGAAGUCCCACAAGAAAAGCAUCUAUGAGCUGGAGGACGAGAAGAGGAAGCACACAGAGUACAUGCAGAAGAGCGAUGAAUUCACCACCCUGCUGGAACAGGAGUGUGAGAGAUUGAAGCUGCUUAUUGAACAGGAGAAAACCUACCAGGCACGAAAGGAGAAAGAGAACAACAAGAACGUGGGCAAGCUAAAGGAGGAGCUGACCAAGCUGAAAUCCUUUGCCCUUCUAGUGGUGGACGAGCAGCAGAGACUUUCCGAGCAGCUCACACAGCAGAGCAGCAAGGUCCAGGAACUGACAGCCAACACUGCCCAGGCCCAGGAGAAGCUGAGUGCUGCCCACGCCAGGGCACAGGAAGAAGAGCAUAAAGUCUACUGUCUGGAGGCUGAGCUUCAAGACCAAGCCAACCACUUCCAUCAGGAGAAGGAGGCCAUGACUGCCAAGUUGACCAAUGAGGACGCCCAGAACCGGCAGCUCAAACAGAAGCUGGCCACUCUGAGCAGGCAGAUUGAUGAGCUGGAGGAGACCAACAAGACGCUGAGGAAAACAGAGGAGGAACUCCAGGACUUGAGGGACAAGAUCAACAGGGGAGAGUGUGGCAACUCCAGUAUGAUGGCCGAGGUGGAGGAGCUGAGGAAGAGAGUGCUGGAGAUGGAAGGGAAGGAUGAGGAACUCAUCAAGAUGGAGGACCAGUGCCGGGACCUCAACAGAAAGCUGGAGAAAGAGUCUGGACAAAGCCGGAGUUUGAAGGGUGAGGUGGACAAGCUGAAUCGCAGGAUCAUGGAGCUUGAAAAGCUGGAAGAUGCUUUUGGUAAGAGCAAGCAAGAAUGUGGCUCGCUCAAGUGCAACCUGGAGAAAGAGAGGUCAGUGACCAAGCAGCUGUCUAAUGAGUUGGACUCUUUAAAGGUGAGAAUCAGGGAGCUGGAGGCCAUUGAAUCCCAGCUGGAGAAAACAGAGCUUACACUGAAAGAGGACCUCAACAAGCUCAAGACACUGACAGUCAUGCUAGUUGAUGAAAGGAAAUCCAUGGCAGAGAGGCUGAAGCAGACAGAGGAGAAGCUCCACUGUGCCACAGGAAAAUUGCAGACAGAACAAAAGAAGGUGACAUCAGUGACAGAGAAGCUAAUUGAAGAGAGCAAGAAAGCCCUCAAGUCCAAGGCAGAGCUUGAGGAGAAGAUGUACAGUUCUACCAAGGACAGAGAUGAGCUGAUAUCCAAACUAAAGGCAGAGGAGCAAAGGGGAAAUGACUUGCAGUCCAAGGUUACAAUGAUGAAAAAGAGGAUGCAGUCCCUGGAAGCCAUGGAAAGGGAGUCUUUGAGGAACAAGUCCAAGCAGGAGCACAUUAAGGUUCCUCUAGCCACCCACUUAGACCAAGAUGACAAUAAAGUCAAAGAUCUAACACAGGAAGUGGAAAGGCUGAGGCGUAAGCUGAAGGAGAUGAGGGCUGUGGAAGAUGACCUGGUGAAAACAGAAGAUGAGUUUGAAUCUCUGGAAAAGAGGUACACCAAUGAGCACGACAGGGCAAAUGCCCUAAUUGAGGAGCUGGAAGCCUCCAGACAGGAGUUAUCUAAAUACCAGCUAGCAGAGAAGGCAGAGUCCAAUCAAGAACACAUACUCUACAAACGGCUGAAAGAAGAGGAGGCCAAGUCCAGUCACCUCACAAGAGAAGUUGAAGCUCUGAAAGAAAAGAUACAUGAGUACAUGACAACUGAGGACUCAAUCUGCCAGCUGAGAGGAGAGCAAGGCAUGAUGCAAAGGAAACUGACACAGCAGGAGAGCAAGAACAAAGAGCUGGCUCGGGAAAUGGAAAACCUCACCAGGGAGCUGGAGAGAUACAGGCGGUUCAGCAAAAGCCUGAGGCCCGGAUUGAACGGCAGAAGGUUUUCAGACCUGCAGGUCUCCUCCAAGGAGGUGCAGACAGACCAGUCAGACAACGAACCCCCCGAUUACAAAAGCUUGGCUCCUUUAGAACGUGCUGUGGUCAAUGGAAAAUUGUAUGAGGAAAGUGAUCCCGAGGAUGAUCCCAAUUGCGAUGAGCAGCCUAUCACCAAAUGCAACUCAUCAAUUGUCAACAAUGCCAACAACCUUAACAACAACAGAAAGGCAAGGGUGCCCUGGGGGAAAGUCAAAGAAAGUGAUCACCCUCUGAACGGUAAAGUGACACCAAGGCAAAAUGGGAAUCGCAUGCAGCCAAGGGAUCUGGUUCUUACUCACACACCAGGUCGGCCCUUGCACAUCAAAGUGACCCCAGACCACGGGCAAAACACAGCCAUGCUGGAGAUCAGCAGCCCUACUUCAGAGAAUGCCCACUCUUACACCAGCACUGCCGUGAUCCCCAACUGUGGAGGUGUGCCCAAGCAGAGGAUAACCAUUAUUCAGAAUGCCUCAAUCUCCCCUGCAAGAUCUAAAGCCUCUCCCACUUCCGAUGGAUACUGCACCCCUGAACGAGCCAUCUCACCACUCACCAUGGCAACAUACUCCAGAGCCAGAACCCCAGACUCAUGUGGCUCCAUAACCCCAGACAGGGCAAUGUCACCCAUCCAGAUAGUGGCCGUCACCAACGGUUCUUCAGAGCGCUCCCUAUCCACGGAGCCGGUGGAGGUCAGUGCCGGGCACACAGUAUUCCGGGUGACACCAGAGAGACAGAACAGUUGGCAACUGCAGAGGUCAAACAGUACGAGUCCCAACAUCAUUACCGCUGAGGACAACAAAAUCCACAUCCAUUUAGGAAGCCCCUAUAUUCAGGCCAUUACCAACACAUCCAAGCCCAUGAGCCUCUCCUGCCCUUCUGUUCAGGAGAACAGAACUCAAGCAUUAACAAACGGCACACCCGUUAAGCCCUCCAACAAAAUCACAAGCAGCAUCACAAUUACACCAGCAAACUCCCCGAUCUCACGGCCUUCACAAAUUACAAUCCCAGCAGAAGCAUUCCGACGCCCAGGUCCAACUAGGAUUCCUAAACCGAAGGCUUGCAGUACAACAAAAGCACCAUCCAGCACAACUAGUACUCUUUUCAAAUCUCUGCCUCAACAAGUGAUCCAGUCAGGAAAAAGCCACUUUAUGAAAACUGUACCUGGCAACCUAAAUGUCACAAACCAAAAAUUAUGAACUGCCCUUAUAUUUGAUUUGAUUUGUGUGCAGAACAGAAGUCUGUAUCAACCCUUGCCAAACCCACUCUGCUUCCCUGUUAUACUAUGGUACACUAAUGCAGAUCUCUCAAAGUUAGGUUAAGUUAAUUGAUUAGCAUUUAUCAUGAAUCUCUAAGACACUUCAUCAAAGAAAAAUGGAAUGCUAUCUGUAUUACAGUCUACAGUAUGUUACUGGGAUGGUUUUGGUCUCAUACCAUACCAAAUGAUAAUUAAGUAAUGCUAAACAAAUGACAAUACAAUUACCAUUUGAUUGAAAAUUACACAUCAGAGCCAAGGAGCUGUGCUCUGGUAUUUUUAUACAACCCCCCCAUAUUUAAUAUGCCGUCUGCAUGUUGCCAAUAUCAGUCAUAGAUAGGAUGCUAAUCUGUACAGACCUGCACUUACUUUGAAAGAUUGCAUUAAAUAUAAAGUAUUUUUGCUGGAUGUAUAGAAAAAUGUAUGAUAAACUUUAAAAAUGUAUAUAUUAAUACAUUUCUGUUUUUUUUUGUUUUUUUGUAUUUAAAGCAAAUUGUUGGUUUAUUUUGUUGAUGUAUUAAACCUAAAAUGACUCACAUUGAAAGUGUGUAAUAGGCUAGUUAUAUUAGGCAGGUUUACCAGAUAUCCUUUUGUGCUUAGUGCUAAAAGAGUUAAAAGGUACAUCGUUACUGUUUUGAGGCAAUAUUACAAGACAAUACUGGGAGUACUGGCUGGAUAGGAGCACUCACAGUAGUCCAGGGUAUCCAAGGGUCACCGGAAUUUGGCAGAUCUGUUCACAACCGAUCACAAUACAAAGAUCUUCUAGAGCACACAAAGCAGCAUCUGUCAGGUGACGCACUUGCAGCCAAUCAUUCUGGAGCUUAGACGAUAGGAUAGGAUAUAAAAAUGGGAAAGAUAUGAAGAACUGCUAAGAAUACACUACUACUCAGCCCUGUCAAAUGGAAAGGUUGAGACGUUAUAGCAUUGUUGCUAGAUUCAAUAAGCAGAAUGAAGUUUGUUUUCAUUGUACUCAGGUGCACACUAUGUGGAAGUACCCUUCACUGAUAUUUACAAAUGUUAAAAAAAAAAAACUACCUGUAACAGAACAGUAAUGUUGGUAUUGAUGGUUUUAAAACAGUAAUUCUAGAUUAAAUAACUAUCUUGAAGUAGGAAAGUUAUGUUUAUGAGACAGGGGAGACAAUUAAUUAUGAAAUAAUAGAUUGCAACCAUAUAUGACACUUGAAUAAUGUUCCCAAAGUCUUGGGGAAAGUUGUAAUGUUUUCAUCAGUGUAAAACAGCAUCCUCUGCUGGAUGAAAACUGAUCUGCAUAUUGUAGUUAAAGUAGUUUAACAAGAAACUCUUUCCAAACGCUUUCCAGUACAGUACUGCAAAACACCAUCCAUCUCUGGGUCAUGAAAUAACUGCAAAAGAUUCCAAAGACCCAGAUGAGUACUAAUCUCGACCUUACCUGUAGUGACAUUAGAUUAGUGCUAAUCUGGUUUUUGCAAUAAGCAAUAUACAGCAUGGACAUCAACCUCUUAAAGGAUUUCUUAAAUGGCACUGCUUAAUGUAUUCACUCGUGACAUGAAGCAAUGACUUGGACAACACAACCACAAUUUUACCAAUGUCAAUGUACUGCUCUGAACAUUAAAAAAAUGAAUUGCCUUAAA